UUCUCUGACUGAGUGAAAGGGGUCUCAUGUAUCGAUAUAAACGUCGCUAAUAUUAAUAUUGAUCGCCAAGAUGCUGUCGCGACGUUUUGGAGUUUCCCUGCUGCAGUCAUCCGUGCCGAAGCUGGCGCGGUCCAGCUGCAGGGCGCAAUACAACAGAGUUGGUUUUAUCAAGCCGCCGACGCCGGUCGUCUGGGCGGCCAGGACGAUGGCUGGUCCAGCGAAUCUGAAAGAGAAACUGCCCGAGAAGGAUGGGAAUCAGCGAUUCCGGGAGUUCAUGCUGGAGGGGAAAGUUUUCGCAGUGACUGGAGGGGCACGGGGACUGGGCUUGACGAUGGCGGAGGCUCUGGUUGAAGCUGGAGGAGAGGUGUACUGCCUCGACAGACUACCCGAACCAGACGACGAGUUUUACGCCGCACAAAAGCGCGCGAAUCCUGACUUCGGGGGCGCCCUCCACUACCGCCGCAUGGACGUCACUGACGACGCUAACACCGAAGCUAUCUUGGAUGAUAUUGCGAGCAAGAAGGACCGCCUCGAUGGACUGAUCGCAGCCGCGGGCGUCAACCACGUCAAAGAUGCAUUCGACCUGACGCCUGAGAUGGUCGAUAAGCUCAUCCACAUCAACUAUACCGGCGUCUUCAGGAGCGCGGUAGCAGCCGCGCGCGCAAUGACGGCUCGAAAAUGCCCCGGCUCAAUCCUCCUUGUGGCUAGCAUGAGCGGUCUGAUCGCGAACAAGGGAAUGGCGUCGGCGAUCUACAACUCCUCCAAGGCAGCAGUUGUCCAAUUGAGCCGCAGCCUUGCAAUGGAAUGGUCAGAAUCUCGCAAGGACGGAACGGGAGGGAUCCGCGUGAACGCUCUGUGUCCGGGACAUAUUGAGACGUCGAUGGCGCAGAUGGUGAUGGAGAAGGAUCCGGAGACGAGGGUCAUCUGGGAAAGCGAGAAUAUGAUGAAGAGGCUGGCAAGGCCAGAGGAGUUUAGGGGGAUUACGCUGCUACUGAUGAGUGAUGCGAGCAGCUUCAUGACUGGCAGUACGGUUGUUGUGGAUGGAGGGCAUACAGCUUGGUAGUCAUGGCCGGUUCAUAGACUGCAGUACCUUUGCAUCAAUACAUUCUACUCUACCACUCAUAAUCUGAAGCCUAAAUAUGGUAAUCUCAGAUGCUGCUGCCGUCACGUGUGAAGAAUGACCGUCGGUUUAUAACACUGAGAUAUCUUCUCCACCAAUAAUCUCAACCUUCUAAUAAAAUUUGGUAACUCCUGACACCUA